UUACAAAAGGAAAAAAAAAAAGUAAUAUGGCAGCCCAUUUAAUGUGCGCGCAGAGGACUCGUUAAGAUAAAUUACCAUACAUACGAAUUAACGGUGUUGUCAGGAGCGUCGUCAACUUGAGGCAAGUAAAGAAUAGCUGAUGCACCCUUAAGACAUCGAAAAAAGAAUGACGCCCAAGUCGUUAACUCUGAUAGUACGGCACUUGCCGAGCUGUCUUACAGAGUCUGAGAAGGUAAACCUUCUCAAGUUUUUCGGAGCCGAAAGCGUACGAUGCAUGAGUACGAGAGGAAGGCUGCGCCAUACCGCAUUCGCGACGUUUCCAACGCAAGAAGCAGCCGACAACGCCCUGAACAAGCUUCACCAAGCGAAUCUGCUGGGCCAGCGACUGGUGGUCGAGUAUGCCGCCUCGAAGCAAGUCGACAGAUAUUUUCCCAGCAAGAUAGACGAUUUGCCGACGAAGAACUUGGACACCGACGAACCGGAGUCUUCCGCAAAGGACGAGUACAAGGUGAAAAUCGAGGAAUUCGCUCGAAAGAUACACUCCCAGUGUCCGGAGCUCGGCUUGGACUACAUACUAAACCCUAUGAUACGCUACGCGUACCCUCCUCCGUCUCCAACUAUCGUUGCGAACAUUUGCUCAGUGCUCGUGUCCGUGCCCAAGUUUUACAAUCAAGUGCUACAUCUCAUGAACAAAAUGAACCUGCCAGCUCCCUUUGGCCCAUUACUGCCUCAGCCGCCCGUGAUGCAGAGUUUAGCUUUCAUGCAUGCUCAGCUCGCUGCUCCCAACACUUUAUUGCAAAGACCAGAUGCCGGAAACGAAACAGCUUCGAGCUUCGAAGAAUCUGAACUAGAAAGCGACGGGGAACCGAUAGUCUUUCCAGCUGCAUCCCAGUUUGCGGCGGCUCCGCGGAAGAGGAAGGUGAAGCAGAUGAAACGUCCGAAGCUACAAAAGCUGCUUCAUCCGCAACCUGCUUCUACGUGCGCACACACACCGGUGACUGAAGUUUUCGAGCCAGUACCCGACGCGACGGGUUCAAAACAGAUCUCGUUCAAUAUCAAAGCGCAAACGAGCGAACACGAAGAAAAUGUGAGGCAACCUGGUGCAGACGCAUCAGCCGUGAUUGUUGAGGAAGGCGGCUUUGGCGUGAUCACGUCGAAACCAUCGCUUCCCGAAGUGAAGGACGAAUCGAGCGCUGACAACCCAUAUGACUGGGAAGGGACAGAGUUUGUGAACCGCCGAGACAUCCGCGGCGGAAGAGUUUCGUCCGAAGAGAUGAAACAGUUAUCCGUCUUCCGUAACUACGAAGCGGGGACCUCGUCGUCACGCCUAUACAUUAAGAACGUUGCCAAGGGCGUUGAUGUCUUAGACAUGUUUAAAGUGUACGGCAAUUAUGUGAACAAGGGGUUGGAUCGAGACGUAUUUGAUAUAAGGUUGAUGACUGAGGGUCGCAUGAAGGGACAGGCCUUUUUGACGUUUGCGAAUGAGACUGCGGCAGAGUGCGCCCUCAAGGAGACCAACGGUUAUAUUUUAAAGGGAAAGCCACUGGUGGUUCAGUUUGCAAGGUCUGCGAAAGCAAAAGUGGCAGCCAUCAGUUUGUGAUGCACAAACAGUGUGUUGCGUUGGAGUCUGGAUGUAAAUAAAAUGCUCACGUUUGCAGA